AUGCUUACCUAUGGAGAUCUGUUCAAUGUGACAAUAGUCGACUUGAGAUCAAUAUCUAUCGACAUAGAUCUUGUAAAGUUUCUUUACACGCAGAAGCUAGAGACUUUAGUGAUUGGAAAGCUCGAUGGCUCGUGCUCAGACAAGUUUACAAGCGGAGCUGGUGUAACGUUAACUUGGAAUAUCGUCGGUCUUCUGGAACAUAUAAUCAAGAAUAAUAAAAACACACGCCGAAGCCUACACUAUCUGGAUGUAUCCGGAUGCGCAACUUUUUUCCAGAAUGGAUGGAUUCCUAAGCUUAGAGUGUUGCUUCCCGCUCUCCGCACUAUCUGUCUAGAAUCUCGAAAGUUUGCGGCAAACGAGUUUCCCAAGUUCUGCAAAAGCUUCCCAAACAUCCGUUUUUUGGAUGUCAGCAGCACCAACGUCAGAAGCUUGGAUGGGAUCUCGAAGUUGCGGAAUCUUCAAGUGUUGUGUCUAAGAAACUUGAAUUUUGAUAGAUAUAGGGAUAUGAUGGAUCUGUUUGGAUUGAGAAAGUUGAAUGUUCUGGAUGUUUCCAGGGAUUGGCCAGACAACUACCGACAAACUAUCAGAUACUUCCUUGCUUGCGAGAAGGUGCUUCCCGAGUUGAAAUUUUUGGAUUGUUCGUCAGCCUACCUGGACGAAGAUCUCUACAAAGAACUUGCACAAUCCCAUCCCCAUCUUCGAAAGAUUUCUCUCCUCGGCUGCGCUCAAAACUUGCCAGUCAUCCCGAGACUUAAAGUCCUAGGCACCCAAAACUUCGACUCCAGCAUCGAGACUUUAUCUCAUUACCUAAACUUGAAAAGGGAGUAUCCUGUGCAAAUAUGUCUCGGCGAGAUCUUUCUGCAGUUGAGGAAGCUGAACGAGAAGAAUCUAGACUAUGAUGUUGCAAAAUGUGUGGAGUUAUUGGUCGAAGUCACAGUGGCAUUCUCACCGACCGUACCGGGUCGGAUGGCUUGUUCAAAUGCAAUUGAUUGUUUGGUGGAAUUGUAACAAGCGCCUGCACGCACACGAGACCUUCCAAAUAUUCGACGCCUUUGCGAAGUAUAUUGUGGAAUGUUCAACAUCCCCAGGCUUCGGGCUACUUGAAACCGUGUAUAACGACAUUGAGCGGCAUCGUCCUGAUAUAUGGAAUGACUUCGCUAAUAUGCUGUUGCCUAUACUGCAACCGUUCGAUCCCGUUGUGUUAAAUGGUAUGGAGCAUCUCAAUCACAAUGUGUGGAACGGCAUCGAGCGCCUGGUGCACAUGGAUCACGAGUGGAGUCACGAGAAACUUGCCAAGAUUGCUUUGGUAUGUGCCCAACCUUAUCAGACUGCACCCGAUGCUCGUGCGAUGCGGAUUCUCGAGCAAUGCAUCACAGAGCAAACCAUUAAUUUUGUGCUCACUGGCGUGGAAAAGUGGUACAGCGCCAAGCGUCUAGUGAACAUCCUGAGUGUCGCCGUCGGAAAACAAGACUUAUCAUUAUGCCUGAGGAUUCUAGAAGCAUUAGACAAAAACACCUUGAUCACUGAAGACAGGAAGCAUAAUUUCAAUGCGGUGGGUUGGAAUCUUUUAACAACCUUGAUUCAGUGGAUAGAGAUUUUUGAUUUGGAGCAAUGGCACAUUGGGAUUCUGCGGGUUAUCAAGAAUUUGGUCUUGCUGUCAAAAGGCGAUUGGAGGAAUAAUUGGUUCUUAUCUAACGAGUUUCGAGCUUUUCAAAAACUCCUCAACAAAUGGGAUUCCAACCGUGCUUACCUCGCAGCCACCAUUCUGGCUCUAAUUUUGCAGUCUAAACAGAAACCAGAGGAAUGUGAUUUUUGGAAACCUGCCAACGAGGCAAUUGUCAAAAAGUUACCAGACCUCCUAGCAGCUCAUAUAACUGAAGAAACCGAAGUCUACUUCACAAAUGACACCGUUCCAAGUGUUCUAAGAAGAACUCACGGAGAUGGGAUCAUCCUCUGGGCUCUGCUUACCACAAAGAUCUUUGCUCAACAAGAUGUGAAAAACUCCGAGAAAAUCCAAAAAUCAAACUAUUACCGUCGUGUUUAUGCUACUGCCAAACUCGUGUUGUCAAAAAUGCGUCGAAAAAUAUCAUGUUUUUGA